AUGGACAUUGGCGCGAUGCUGGACACGAGGAAAGGGGGAUACACACUGGCAAUAUUAUUGGCAUUUUUAUUACCAAUCGUGCGCUUCGCUCUGGACAGAUGCGUCUUCGGGCCAAUUGGCAGGGCAUCCUUCUUCCCAAAGGAGAAGAAAUCAGAUGAUCCACCUGCUGCCAACCUAGAGUCUCGCCUGUACAAGUAUAAAGAGUCCUUCUGGAAGACGUCAAUCUACACUGUGCUAGUGCUUCUGGGGCUCUACGUCAGCAUCAAUGAGAACUUCUUCACGGACACCAGGUAUUUCUGGCUGGGCUGCACGGAGUUCCCUCCCUGCAACUAUGAGGUCUCGCGCGGCCUGCGCCUGCUCUAUGCCCUGGAGCUCGGCUACUAUCUGCAGGCGGUGCCGUCACUGGUGUUCUGGGAGGUGCGGAGGAAGGACUUCUGGGAGAACAUGGCGCACCACAUCGCCACGCUGGGGCUCAUCACCUACUCCCACCAAGUCAACUUUGUGAAGGUUGGGGCGAUGGUGUUCCUGUGCCACGACAUCAAUGACAUCUUCAUGGAGAGCGCCAAGAUGGCGCGCUACGCGGAGCACCGGUGGCUGCCGACCACGCUGUUCGCCGUCUUCAUGCUGUCCUGGUUCACCUCGCGCAUUUACUACUUCCCCGUCUAUGUCAUCCGCUCUGUCUACUACGAGCCCAUCAAUUUGGUGGCAAAGGUGCACAAUAUCAACCCCCAUCCGCACUGGGAGAUCUUCCUGGGCCUGCUCUGCUUCCUCUUUUCCCUUCACAUAUACUGGUCGUACCUCAUUCUGAAGAUAGCCUACCGGCAAGUGCUGGUAGGCACUACAGAUGAUUUGCGGGAGGAUGAUGAUUAG